GUCCCGCAGCCCCGGUGCCUCCCCGUGCGGCUCCCAGGCUUUGUUCCGGGAAGGCGGAAUGAAUGGGGCCGGGCGGGAUGGCGGUUUCCUCCUCGUGUUUUGGGGCAGCCCCCGAAAGCUCCGCUUAGGGAGGAGAUUUUCCCACCAGUUGCUCCUUUUAAGUCACUUUUGGAGCAAGUCUCCAGCUGGGAAAUGGGCAGAAUCCGCCGAGCUCCACGGGGAGAAAGCUUGGAAAGAAACAAAAAGGGGAGGAGAAGCGGUGAGGUUCCACACCCUUUCAGUGUUGUUUUCUGUUUUUCCUUAUUUUUUCCCCAGCUCAGGGUGCCAAGAAGACGUGCAGUGAUGCUGCUUGCCCUGGGAGCGUUGGUGCUCAGCCUGGCAGGUGCCAUGGAGAUCCAGGUCCCGGAAGAGCCCGUGGUGGCCCUUUAUGGCCAAGAUACCACCUUGCACUGUUCCUUCACCCCCGAGGCCAACUUCAGCCUGAAGGACCUCAGCCUCAUCUGGCAGCUGACGGACACCAAGCGCCUGGUGCACAGCUUCUCUGGUGGCAGGGACCAGCUGACCGACCAGGGCGGGGGCUACACCAACCGCACGGCCCUCUUUUAUGACCAGCUGUCCCAGGGCAACGUCUCACUGCUCCUGCGGCGCGUGGAGAUUGCAGAUGAGGGCAGCUUCACCUGCUUCGUCCGCGUCCGCGAUUACAACAGCGCAGCUGUGACGCUGCAGGUGGCAGCUCCCUACUCCAAGCCCAGUUUGAACCUGGAGCCCAAUAAGGACUUGAAGCCAGGGGAUCGGGCGGUUGUCACUUGCCAAUCUUCCUAUGGCUACCCUGAGGCCAGUGUCCUCUGGCAGGACAGCCACGGUGCCAAUAUCACUGAAAACGUCACCACGUCACAGGUGGCCAACGAGGAGGGGCUGUUUGAUGUGUACAGCGUCCUACAAGUGUUGGUGGAGCCCAGCAGCACCUACUCCUGCCUGGUGCGGAACCCGGUGCUGCAGCAAGAGACCCAUGCCUCCGUCACUAUCACGGGCCAGCACCUCGCCUUCCCUGCUGUGGCUCUCUGGGUGACGGUGGGACUCUCCAUCUGCAUCGUGGUGCUGCUUGUUGUCCUGGCUUACAUCUGCCAGAAGAAAAUCCGCCAGAGCUGCGAGGAAGAGGAGAAUGCAGGGACUGAGGAGCAGGGCAUGGAGGGGGAAGAACAAAAGACAGCUCUGCAGCCACUGAAGAGCACGGAAGACAAAGCAGAUAACGAGCAAGAAAUUGUUUGAUGGGAGCUGGGACAGCACCCCGUGUCCCCACACCAGCCCAGCCAUCCCCUGCGGUGACAAACCCAGGACACACCAGAGAGACAGGGACACCCCAUCCUGCUGCCAACCCUGCACCGAGUGCUGUCACUCUCUGUGUUUUCGGGGUGCCCUGGGGCUGGAGAGAGGCUGUGCCUCCCUUUAACCCCAGCGAAUCCCAAAGCCACAGCCCGAGAGUCCGUCUAUCCGUCCGUGUCCAUAGGAAGCACUGGGCUGAGCCCGCAGGGUGAGCAUCACUGCAGAGACACACUAGGAUGUUUAUUUCACCUUACGCCACUGCACUUCCAACUGGACUUUUAUUUUUGCCUUAAGUGCGUGGUUAUCCCAUGCCUCGAAUUGACCCGAAGGAUUUUCCACAGAGGGUUCUUUCCCUGCCCCCACCCUGAAGCAGGGCUCAGGGAACAGCUGGGGCAGUGUGAUGUCUUCGCUUUCCUUCAGAAGGGCUGGAAGUUGGUGGGCGGCAGAUGCAGGGGUUUUUAGCAAGUGGUUAAUGCCACCCCGUGACCUGGCUUCAGCUCAGGAAAAAAAACUCACACCAAAACCUAGUUUUUAAGGGGAAAAAAAAUCACAAAAAUAUCAUUUUUAAGGAAGAAACAAAACACCACAAUCUAGUUUUUAAGGGAUGUUUCUACACCCAUGGAGUAUACAGCAGGUACCCAUCCCCAGCUGGACCACUGUGCCUAUUGUCCCAUGAAGUGUUAAAUCAUAACUCAUGCACUAAAGCCUUAGCAUCCCUGGAGCCCCAAGUGUCUGUGACAAAAAUAAUGCUCUUUUAAUGUGUUUUGGGUAAAACCAAAAUGGGUUUUGCUCGGAUGGCUGCUGGAAGGGGCACCCAGUGCCAAAGUGUGUGUGACACCAGGGGAUCUCUUGGCUUUUGUACACGGGCUGAGAAAUGGGUUUGCUUGUGGUACAUUGCUGGGUCCAGCCAUGGGUCUUCUGUUGCUUUUUGCUGUUAUUUAAAAUCCAGGAUCUGGAGGGUUUUGUGCCUUGACAAAUAAACAUGUUGGUCGUUUUAGAUGA